AGUGAAUAACAUAACCUAAAAAAUAUUCAGUUAUUAUCGAGAAGAAAAAGUGGGAGAGGACAUUUCAAAAUUUUGUUUUGUUUGCCGCAACAAGUUUUUUAAAAUUCUGAAGUUGUUGUGGAGCAUCCCUUCAAUAUGUCAGAACACGAAAAAGAGGAGUUAACUGAAUCUGCCAAAGCUCGAAUAGAGAGAAAUCGUCAAAGAGCUAUAAUUCUGAGGAAUAGUAAAUUGGUUGCUCAUCCUUAUGCAAAAGGAGAAACGAUAAGUGUUGAUACUGCAACAAUUAAAAUUGGCGCCACAAAAUAUAUUGAUACUGGUGGAGGUUUCUUACUUGAAGAAGUUGAAGGUCAAGAACCUAUUCAGACAAAACCUGUUGAAGAUGAGCCUCCUAUACAUGAGGAAGAUCGCCCUUUUUGUAUUAAAUGUGAUAGACCUUUCGCAGUUUCAUGGCUGUUCGAUAAAUUUGGUUAUAAGUGUUGUGAUGAAUGCAAAGACCCUGAAGAACAUGCUCUCAUUACAAAGACAGAUGCUGUCAAUACUUUCCUCUUGAAAGCAGUCGAUUUAGAAAAACGGGAGCCACCACUGAAGUUUAUUACGAAAAAAAAUCCUCAUAAUGUAAGAUGGGGUGACAUGAAAUUAUAUCUCAGGUCACAGGUAGAGGAAAGAGCUCUUCAAGUUUGGGGCAGUCAUGAUGAAAUAGAAAAAGAAAAAAUUAACAGAGAGGAAAAGAAGGUUAUGUCUAAAUCUAAGAAAUAUAAUAAAGAAUUGAAAGCAUUACGGAUGAAUAUGAGAAGUAGCCUUUAUGACAGAACUUCAGCAGCUUCACAUACUCAUAACUUUGGACCUGAAACAUAUAAUGAAGAAGACGACACUUAUACUCAUAAAUGUUUAACUUGUCCUUAUGUUGAAACUUUUGAAAAAAUGUGAUGGAAUCUCACACACUUAAAUGUGGAACAUAAAUCUCAUGGAAGUUUGGAUAAAAUAAAAAGAAACGGGUGUAAUAAUUUCCUGAAUAAAUUGCAUUUUAUAUAAAA